AUGGCUUCUAGUAGGAUCACACCCAUAUGUUUACUUGUAUACUUGUGUUUUGUUGGGAUGUUUGUCAACUCAGUUUUGGGUGCCAAGGCUAGACACUUCAAAUGGGAAGUCGAGUACAUGUUGGGUGCACCCGAUUGCUUAGAGCACGUGGUGCUGGGCAUCAACGGUCAGUUUCCCGGCCCAACCAUUAAAGCUCGGGCGGGUGACACCGUUGUUGUCCAUCUUACCAACAAGCUCCACACCGAGGGAGUCGUUAUUCACUGGCAUGGUAUUCGACAGCUGGGAACACCAUGGGCUGAUGGAACUGCAUCCAUAUCACAAUGUGCCAUAAACCCUGGAGAAACAUUUAUCUACAGGUUCAAGGUCGACAAGGCGGGAACAUACUUUUACCAUGGACACUAUGGGAUGCAAAGAUCAGCUGGGUUGUAUGGUUUACUGAUCGUAGAUAUGGAGGAGGGGAAGAAAGAGGCAUUCGAGUAUGAUGGGGAGUUCAGCCUGUUGCUAAGUGACUGGUGGCACAAAGGUGCUCAUGAUCAAGAGGUUGAUCUCUCCGCCAAUCCUAUGCGUUGGAUCGGUGAACCCCAGAGUCUGUUGAUAAAUGGAAGAGGGCAAUACAACUGUUCAUUAGCAGCGGCGCAUGUUAGCAAAGGCAAUGGAUGCAGGUUUAGGGGAAACGAAGAGUGCGCACCAAACAUCCUACAUGUAAAGCCAAACAAGACAUACAGGCUGAGAGUGGCCAGCACUACUGCCUUAGCUUCACUCAAUCUUGCCAUUGGGAACCAUAAGAUGGUGAUGGUGGAAGCUGAUGGCAACUACCUUGAGCCAUUUUCGGUCAACGACUUUGACAUAUACUCGGGUGAAACCUACUCGGUUUUGUUUCGUACGGAUCAACGUCCUACCGAUAACUAUUGGAUUUCGGUGGGUGUGAGAGGAAGAGAACCAAGAACCCCUCAAGGCCUAGCCAUAUUACACUAUCAAUCCACUACUGCCUCAAAACUUCCCACACUUCCUCCUCCUCAAACCCCUCGAUGGAACGACUACGCCUAUAGCAAAUCGUUCUCGAACAAAAUUCGUGCCCUUUCAGGGUCACCAAAGCCUCCAUUCAACCACGAUCGUCGGAUCUUCCUCCUCAAUACCCAAAAUCGCAUCGAUGGUUAUACCAAAUGGGCCAUCAAUAAUGUGUCAUUGAGCCUACCCCCAACCCCUUACCUAGGCUCAAUCAAACAUCGUUUGACUAAUGCCUUUGACCAAAAAAGUCCACCUGACACCUUUCUUAACACGUAUGACAUAAUGAGGCCCCCACCAAAUCCUAACUCCACCUAUGGGAGUGGGGUUUAUAUGCUAAAAUUCAAUAAUACAAUUGACGUGAUCCUACAGAAUGCCAAUGCAUUGAAUGCAAACGUGAGCGAGAUACACCCGUGGCAUCUUCACGGGCACGAUUUUUGGGUGUUGGGGCAUGGGGAAGGCAUGUUUUCCAAGAGAGACGAAAAGAAACUGAACUUGAAAAACCCGCCACUGAGGAAUACAGUAGUGAUAUUUCCCUACGGAUGGACGGCGUUAAGAUUUGUCACCGAUAAUCCAGGUGUAUGGGCGUUUCAUUGUCACAUAGAGCCUCAUUUGCAUAUGGGCAUGGGUGUGGUUUUCGCCGAAGGGGUUCAUCUUGUUGGGAAGAUACCCAAUGAGGCUCUUUCUUGUGGAUUGACGGGCAAGAUGCUAAUGGGUAAACAACACAACUAAAGGGGUAAAUUGUAGAGUAUUUCCAAGUAAUUGUGAUAUAUGUCAAGUCCCUAAACUUUGAAGGGUUGUUUUGUUUCUAGC